AUGACGUUUGAGGCGUUCGCGAGAGCGACUUCUGGUAAGUGUCCGGGACGAGUCUUUAUGCAAGUUCUGCCGGUAACGAGCGCGCCCGCGUUGGAUCCAGAUCAAAUUUGCGACGAGUUUAAGCGUCGGGAAGCACCGGCGGGAACGUCCGAGCCGUCGAAGGAAAGUGCCGCGUUCGCGAGCUUCCUCCGCGAAAAACCGGAGGAUGACGCGUACAGUUACAAGGCUGCACUCGUGCACACCGAGACUUCAAAAGCGGCGACAAAAACCAUGAACCGAUCGUUCUACGCCGCUCUGGAUGAGCACGAGAACACGGCGCCGAGCGAUAAUACCAGGCGACGCCGGAAUAGUUUAGACUCGCGCCAAGUCGCAAACGAAGUGCCGACGGUUGUUCCCGAUUCGGUCGAGAGACCGACGCCAAUGCAGCGUUCUCGACUGCCCAAAGACAUCUCCAACGUCGGCGGUCGAAUCGUCGCCGAGACGCCAAUGGCGCCAUCGUCGGUUAAGAGGAGUCCGUAUUUCGCGAACGCUCCGUCGACGUCAAAGGCAGUCACGCCCUCGGUUCGGUCCUACGCCGCAAUCGCCAAGGACUCCAUAGAUCGCGUGAAGCGGAGUACCGAGAGUGAGUUCGGUGCGCCUCCGCCGCUGAAUAAGCGAACGGAGCGCACGCCUACGAGAACGACGCCGAUGCGCGCGGCUAAACAGUCGCGAACGACCACCUCCGCUUCACGACGAAACGGCAAACAGCGCGAGAGCGGUGACAGAAAGUUUUGGCAGAUGUCACUCUUCGAUACCUUUACGUUCGACGGUAAGUAA